CGACGGACACUUCCCCCGGGUAGGAGAAGCUGGUGCAGAAAGGUUCCUGGUUGCUGCUCUGGAGUCACCAUGGAGACGGGAUGCUGCUGCGCGGAGCCCUUGUGGAUCUCGGAGGCUCUGCGGGCCCUGAGCGUUGUAAUGCAAAGUGCAGGGACCCCCUCUAUGGUCUGGUUCAAAGAAAGCAGCCAGAGGAAUCUGAAAAGCAGAGACUUCCUGGUCCCUAAUGGAGUUCUAAAGAAAUCCUUCCCUGAUGGAAAGGUUCCCGAAGAACUUAUACAGAAAUUGUCAUCCUUGAAUGGACGUGGAGUUCCUCCCAUCCAAAGAUGCCUGCAGAACGAAGCAGGGCUUGUCAUUCAGUUGGAUCGGACGGCUGUCUUCCACCGAGUGCUGUCUGACUUUUCUCCAUACUUGAAACACGCACCAAUGGCUUCUGAUAAUCAGCCAGAUAUUGUAAUAUUGAACUGCGUCCCUUUGCAUUCCUGGGAGGGUCUGAACACAUUCAAACUAAGCCACUUAAGAGCUGUUCUUGUUGCAGAUCAUUUUGCUGAGUUGCUGCGUUUGAGAGGGCAGAAAGUCCACUUGAUUCCUGCAGUGCACAACAGCGAGCUUUUAGUCUUCCUGCAACAGUUCGGGGUGUCAUGGCCCUCGGCAUCGGAUGCACUAUCUACCGAAGAGGCAGUUUCACGUUUUGAACAGUACCUGAAGCAGAGUGUCUACUCCAGUGAUAGUGAUACACACCAGAAAGAGCUGCCACCAUCUGUCCUUUACAAUGUUCGCUUGAAGCCAUUUGCAGAGAAACAUAACUUAUGCCUGGAAGGAUAUGACCCAAAUCUGGACACAUUCCUUGUAAGCAAGGUGGACCUGACACAUGUAGCAACCCUGCAAAGAUCUAUCCAGGAAAGCAUGGAUGAGAUGAAUUAUACUAUGGUACACAUUGUGAGCUGUGAGGACGAGUUCCAUCAGCAGAAGCUGGAUCUUCUGUGGAGGAUUCUGGAUCCUAGGGCCAGAGCAGUCUUACAGAAACAUCUGAUCUGUGGUCCAGUUAAACUUCUGAAUCCAUCGAUGCUGGUCAGCUGCCCUCAGUAUUUUCAGAUCAGGAAAUCCCAGAUGCAUGAAGCCUCUGUCAUGAAAUAUGGUGAAGUUGUACAAGGUAAUAGCUGGGAUGAAAUAAUUAACUCUUUAACCUCAGCAGCUAUCCACUUUGAAAUGAUGUCCACACCUCACCGCAGCCAGGUAACCUUGGAUUUAGAAGAUGCUAACAUCACUACCAAGGGAACAAAGAGUGGAUCGUUUGUGAUGUAUAACUGCGCACGUCUUGCAACCAUGUUUGAAAGCUACAAUAACGCAGUUACUCAAGGCUCAUACCCAACAUUCCCACCUUCUGGAGACAUAAACUACUCUACUUUAACUGAAGAGGGGGAAUGGCUCCUGCUGUUUAAUUAUAUCAUGACUUUCCCAGAGGUCCUCACUCAUUCUGCACAGAUUUCACUAGCAUCCCCAGGGAUCCGGGUUACGGCCAACACAGAAGCGGUGUGCAAGUUCCUGGUGAAUCUCAGCAUGGAUUUCAGUUCUUAUUAUAACAGAGUUCAUAUUCUCGGGGAACCACUGCCGCACCUGUUCCAGCAGAUGUUUGCCAGGCUUCAGCUGAUGAAGGCAAUUCAGAGCAUCCUGUGCUCUGCGCUGGGCUCACUGCACAUCCCACCACUGACACAGAUAUAACAGAUCUGCUACAGAACGCAUGUGAUGCAUGCAGACUAGCCAAACUUUGAACCCAGACUCCAGACCAGCAAUACAAACAGACUUCCUAAUCUGGGGGGAGGGCAAAUUUGUUUAUACAGAGUGCCAAAGAAAACCCAACUCCAUCAUUGGGGAGUUAUUACAAAGAAACAUCACCCUCAUACAGGGUAAAAAGUGGAUUAACCCUUCCAGUGCCAGAAACACCAUGCUUUAAAAAUCCACAAUGGUUUAAUAAUCUGUGUACCAGAGACUGUUUUAACAUUCCCACCUAAAGAAAAAUGUUUUAAGUUACAUGGUUAAAUACGUUGUUCAAUGCAUGCUGAAAGUGCAUUCUUUAAAAAAAAAAAAAGAGAAAAAGUUCUUGUUACGGAG